UCCCUUCCUCCCCGGCCCCUCCGCCGCCUCCCUCCGCCGCCGCCCGGGCCGGCUCCGCGCCCCCUCCCCGGCCCCCGCCCUCCCGCCUGCCCGCCGCCCCCAUGGCGCCCCGGGCCCCCGCCGUUCGGGGCCACUAGGACCCUCGGCAUCCCUUUCCCUCCCCCGCCCUGCCCCCUCUCCCACGGUGCGAACCCCGGUAUCCGCAGCGCCCAGCUUUUGAGCUCGCGUCCCCAGGCCAGCGGGGGGGGAGGGGAAGACAGGGGACCCCGGGACCCCCGCCCCCCCCGACCCGGCCGCCCAGUCCCCCGGGACUCGGAGAAGAUGUCUUCGCGGACGGCGCUAGCCCCGGGCAACGAUCGGAACUCGGACACGCAUGGCACCCUGGGCAGUGGCCGCUCCUCAGACAAGGGCCCAUCCUGGUCCAGCCGCUCCCUGGGCGCCCGCUGCCGGAACUCCAUCGCCUCCUGUCCCGAGGAGCAGCCCCACGUAGGCAACUACCGCCUGCUGAGGACCAUCGGGAAAGGCAACUUUGCCAAAGUCAAGCUGGCCCGCCACAUCCUUACUGGCCGGGAGGUCGCCAUCAAGAUCAUCGACAAAACCCAGCUGAACCCCAGCAGCCUGCAAAAGCUGUUCCGAGAAGUCCGUAUCAUGAAGGGCCUAAACCACCCCAACAUCGUGAAGCUCUUCGAGGUGAUUGAGACGGAGAAGACGCUGUACCUGGUGAUGGAAUAUGCAAGUGCUGGAGAAGUGUUUGACUACCUCGUGUCGCACGGCCGCAUGAAGGAGAAGGAGGCUCGAGCCAAGUUCCGACAGAUUGUGUCGGCCGUGCACUACUGUCACCAGAAAAAUAUUGUCCACAGGGACCUGAAGGCCGAGAACCUCCUGCUGGACGCCGAGGCCAACAUCAAGAUUGCCGACUUUGGCUUCAGCAAUGAGUUCACGCUGGGCUCGAAGCUGGACACCUUUUGCGGGAGCCCCCCGUACGCCGCCCCGGAGCUGUUCCAGGGCAAGAAGUACGACGGGCCAGAGGUGGACAUCUGGAGCCUCGGCGUCAUCCUGUACACGCUCGUCAGCGGCUCCCUGCCCUUCGACGGGCACAACCUCAAGGAGCUGCGGGAGCGAGUCCUCAGAGGGAAGUACCGGGUCCCUUUCUACAUGUCAACAGACUGUGAGAGCAUCCUGCGGAGAUUUUUGGUGCUGAACCCAGCUAAACGCUGUACUCUCGAGCAAAUCAUGAAAGACAAAUGGAUCAACAUCGGCUAUGAGGGUGAGGAGUUGAAGCCAUACACAGAGCCCGAGGAGGACUUCGGGGACACCAAGCGAAUUGAGGUGAUGGUGGGUAUGGGCUACACGCGGGAAGAAAUCAAAGAGGCCUUGACCAGCCAGAAGUACAACGAAGUGACUGCCACCUACCUCCUGCUGGGCAGGAAGACUGAGGAGGGUGGGGACCGGGGUGCCCCGGGGCUGGCCUUGGCACGGGUGCGGGCGCCCAGCGACACCACCAAUGGAACAAGCUCCAGCAAAGGCACCAGCCACAGCAAAGGGCAGCGGAGUUCCUCCUCCACCUACCACCGCCAGCGCAGGCAUAGCGACUUCUGUGGCCCGUCCCCCGCCCCCCUGCACCCCAAGCGCAGCCCAACCAGCACGGGGGAGGCGGAGCUGAAGGAGGAGCGCCUGCCAGGCCGGAAGGCGAGCUGCAGUGCUGCGGGCAGCGGGAGCCGAGGGCUGCCCCCCUCCAGCCCCAUGGUCAGCAGCGCCCACAACCCCAACAAGGCAGAGAUCCCAGAGCGGCGGAAGGACAGCACGAGCACCCCUAACAACCUCCCUCCCAGCAUGAUGACCCGCAGAAACACCUACGUUUGCACAGAACGCCCGGGGGCUGAGCGCCCAUCCUUGUUGCCAAAUGGCAAAGAAAACAGCUCGGGUACCCCACGGGUGCCCCCCGCCUCCCCCUCCAGUCACAGCCUGGCUCCCCCAUCAGGGGAGCGGAGCCGCCUGGCACGCGGCUCCACCAUCCGCAGCACCUUCCACGGUGGCCAGGUCCGAGACAGGCGGGCAGGGGGCGGGGGAGGUGGGGGCGUGCAGAAUGGGCCCCCGGCCUCCCCAACACUGGCCCACGAAGCCACGCCCCUGCCCACUGGGCGGCCCCGCCCCACCACCAACCUCUUCACCAAGCUGACCUCCAAACUGACCCGAAGGGUUACCCUCGAUCCCUCUAAACGGCAGAACUCUAACCGCUGCGUUUCGGGCGCCUCUCUGCCCCAGGGAUCCAAAAUCAGGUCACAGACGAACCUGAGAGAAUCGGGGGACCUGAGGUCACAAGUUGCCAUCUACCUUGGGAUCAAACGGAAACCGCCCCCCGGUUGCUCCGAUUCCCCUGGAGUGUGAAACUGACCAGCUCACGCCCGCCCGAGGCCCUGAUGGCAGCUCUGCGCCAGGCCACCGCGGCCGCCCGCUGCCGCUGCCGCCAGCCACAGCCGUUUCUGCUGGCCUGCCUGCACGGGGGUGCGGGCGGGCCCGAGCCCCUGUCCCACUUCGAAGUGGAGGUCUGCCAGCUGCCCCGGCCGGGCCUGCGGGGAGUUCUCUUCCGCCGCGUGGCAGGCACUGCCCUGGCCUUCCGCACCCUCGUCACCCGCAUCUCCAACGACCUCGAGCUCUGAGCCGCCACGGCCCCGAGUCCCCUCCUGUUCCUCGCCCCUUUCACUUCGACAGAGAAAGGGGGUCAAGGAGGGGAUUCUACCUUUGUCAUCACCUCAGUUUCCCUGAAAUGGAUUUGGGGGCAGAGAUUGUCCCCUCUGUGUUCUCCGGGGCCCACUGAGCAGGAGAGAAGAGCGAAGGGGCUUCGCAGGGGGGAGCUGGCACCUUCCUGGAGCCUCCAGCCCACCCGGUCCCCCCUCACCCUGCCACGGAGCACCUGAGGAGACUUUGGGGUCAGGGUGGGGCAGAAAAGGAAACUGAGGAAACUUCCAUUCCCCGACAGCUCAAGAAUUAGGCCUUGGGCAGGGACAAGAAGAGUUGCUGAGCCUAAAGACUGAAGAAUUGAGGGUGUGGGGGGGCCGGGAGUGGGGGUCAGAGAGGCAGAUUCCUUCCCCUCCCCCACCCCUCCUGCUCGAAUCCCCCCUUCCUGCCCCAGGCUGGCGCGGGGGACUUUGUACAAAUCCUUGUAAAUACCCCCACACCCUCCCUUCUGCAGAGAUCUCUGGAGGAGCUGCCGCUCUCACCUCUGGUUUUUAAGUUAUUACACCCCCCCCCCACUCCUCCUGUCAGCCCCCUCACCUGCAGCCUGAUGCCCAAUAAACUUAGGAGAGUCCCCCCCUCCCCCAUGCUGACCCUGGGGUUUUCCUUCCCUGCCCUCACCUGCAAGUGAGAUGAAAAGGAGGUGUGUGACUUUGGGCCAGUGGUUUCUCCUUUCUGAGCCUCUGUUUUCUCAUCUGCAGAAUGGGAGCAGUGGGGGUGUGGGGUCAAGGGUGAUUGUGGAAGAGGGCAGGAAGGGACUGGGCCUCAUCCACGAGGCCCCAGUUCCUCUAUCGGACCCCUGUUCAUCCACUCACAUAUUCACCCACAUGUUAUACUGGACUCUAAGCCACUUCUUACUCCAGUAGUACAUUUAUUCAAUAAACAGUCAUUGACCGGUGCCUAAUCCA